CCCAUUUCUCUUGACGAAUGGCGUGCCAGUUAAAUUGUAACCGCACAGGCUACGGACAAGUCAGUGCCUAUUCAAGCGGGCUUCUCGACGAGGCUUCGUACUCUUGUCGCGAUGUUUGUCUCUGAUCGUUAUCUUGGAGAUGGUCAUCCGGACCACCUCAAUUGCAUUGAAGAUGUCCGUUUGGACAUUCAUCCCCGUUUUAGGGAAAUCUUACACCAUUGACGCAACGGCUUCUACAUCUGCAUGGCGCGCAUAUAAAACGUGUUGGGGUCUCCGGCAUGGGCUUCUCGCGAAUAUACGGUUAUUGCUGAGAACCCGAAGACAAGAGAUCAGCUCUAUUCUAAACAAGUCCAUUCUGCACUUUGGGAAUUUCACUUGGAGUUUCCAGAGCAAGCCCGUUUGGAACUCAGCCAAAAGUCUUGUCAGCCCUCGAUAUAAAACAGUCCGGUCUUGGAUACCAGAACAGCAGCAUUCAGUAGCUCUGCACUCCUCCGACUAGGUUUCUUCCUCCUC